CUCGUCCGUGUGGUUGCUCAUUAUUCAGAGACAGACGGAUCUCAGGUCAUCUGCAGCUGCAGCGCGGAGGAGAAGCAGGAAAGAUGGCGAUCAUCCAUUAGAGCGACUGGGCGCACGCAUGAAAUACGAGGACAACUUUUGGGAGGAUCGCUCGAGGAGAAGACUGUACCAGUUCCCCUGAUUUUCCAGGGAGUGCUCCCUCUCUUUAGUGAUGGAGGUAUUGCAGUGUGAUGGCUGUGACUUCCGUGCCGAGUCAUAUGACGACUUAAAAACCCACAUUCAGGAAGUGCACACUGCUUUCCUGCAGCCUGCAGAUGCAGAUGAGUCUGACUCUUUGAAAGACGAGGACGAAGACGAGGAAGAAGAGGAGGAAUUGCAGGAUAAGGAUGAGAGGGACUAUACACUUUCUAAAGCUGGCACGAGCCCCGACUCUGCUGACAGUUUGAAUCAAACACCACAGAAGCAGACAGCUGAAACCCAUCUGCCGUUUUAUCAGUGCAAGCACUGUGUCCGUUACUUCAGAUCAAAAUCGUUCUUAAGAAAUCACACCAAAAAAGUGCAUAAUCUUGUAGAGGACGAUUCAGAUGUGAGCGUCUCCUCACAGUCAGCAAAGCUGCCCAGCUACAACGUUAUAGUGCACAACGACCAUUCAAAAGUGUUUUCCUGUCAGUAUUGCUCGUACAAGUCUCCGCGCAGAGCAAGGAUAAUGAAACACCAACUCAUGUAUCACAGGAAAGUUCCGUCAGAGAGCGCUGGAGAUCCCACAGAAUACACAGAGGCUCCAGAGGAAUCUGAAGCAGCUAGUGCACUCGUGAAGGGAACGUUUGCCUGUGAGUGGUGUGACUAUCAAACAGACCAGAAGGACAGCUGGACUAGUCAUGUGGUGAAGGAGCACAGCGACAAGGUCAAGAUAGUUUCCUGCACUGCAGAGCCGGAAGGGGAGGCCAGUCGAGGUUCAUCCAAACCAGAUUCUCCCUCCUCUUCCUCCCAUAGCCCAGCUAGAACAAAGAUCAGUGUUGCUGAUGAUCAUGGAAAGGAGGAAGAGGAGACAGGAGGAAACACGCCAGAACACACACUGGAAAAGUCGGUCCCAGAGAUCUCAUCCUUCCAGCUUGCACAGAUUAGUGCUGUAACACCAAACAGCACAGGUACAUCUAUUUUAUCUAAGAGGUUUGCUUCAUCCGAUGUCUCAAACAGCGUCGUAGAGAUGGAUACCAACUUACUCAUUGAGGAAGACUCCAGGAGCAGCUUAGAGGAUGAUGAUGACGAAGAGUUGGGUGAUAUAGAUGAUCCCAGCUACACUGGAACCCUGUCAGCAGACGCAAAGGAGCUUUUAACGGACGAGGAUAACAAAUUACUGGAGACGAAAGGAAUACCUUUCAGAAAGUACAUGAAUCGCUUUCAGUGCCCCUUCUGCUCCUUCCUGACCAUGCACCGGCGCAGCAUCUCCCGCCACAUUGAAAACAUUCACCUCUCUGGCAAAACCACAGUAUAUAAAUGUGAUGAAUGCCCGUUUAUUUGCACCAGCCCUCUAAAACUCGGCACGCACAAGCAGAGCCACAAUUCCUCAGAUUUAGAGACCAUGGACCUGACAAGCGAUAGCCCAGAACCUCAGAAUGGCAGUGACGGGUCAGUAAAUGGAGGCAAUGUUAGCUCCAAAGUCAAUGGAAAAAAGAUAACCAGCACACCAAACGACCAGCAGAACCCUCAUCGCUGCACGCUCUGCAGCUUUUCCACUACCACUCUGAAAGGCCUGAGGGUUCACCAGCAGCAUAAGCAUUCCUACUGUGAUGACCUAGAUCCCUCUGCCUUUGAAAGCCAGCUGACUGACCAGCCAGACACUGAAGUGGAUGCUUCUCCAAUCUUUCUGCAAAAAACCCAGACCUCCAUUUUAGGACUUGCAACCAAAAAGCCCCUAGUAACAGGGAAAAGAGCCAGGAAGUCCAUUAACGACUUGCCUUUGGACUUAUCCUCAGUCAAGAAGAGAACCAGAAUUGAUGAAAUUGCCAGUAACCUUCAGAGCAAGAUAAGCCAAAGCCAACAGGACAUGAUCAUAAAUCUGGAUGACAUGGAUGAUGAUGAAACUGGAGAAAAUCACACCGGUGUUGAUGAAGAGGGCCGAAAUCAUGGCGUCAAAAACCCAGUUUUUGCCUUCAACACACAACAGCUUAAUGCAAGAGAAUCGAUGAUCUCUCACGAAAGAGGCAGGAUAGGGAAAAGAAAAAGCAACCCCAAGUCAAAACCUAGGAAUAUUCCGAUAUCGAUGACUCUCUCAGAUGAUAGUGAGAACAUCUCUGCUGAUCCCAGCGACAGCGCAGUGCAAGAGAACGCUGAAUUUUCAGAGGAAAGCGGAAUUGCACGUUUUUACUGCAAACACUGUGAUUACCACAACAAGUCCGCUCGUAGCGUCAGCACUCAUUACCAGAGGAUGCACCCGUACAUCAAGUUCAGCUUUAAGUACAUCUUGGACCCAGAAGACCAGAGCGCGGUCUUCCGCUGCUUAGAGUGCUACAUAGAAUACACAAAUUACAAUGAUCUGCACCAACACUACAUGGAACAUCACCCUGAGGCAAGCAAUGUGCUCAACUUUAACCAACCACAUCUGUUAUACUUGUGCCGCUUUUGUUCGUAUACAAGCCCAAAUGUCAGGAGCCUGAUGCCCCACUACCAAAGAAUGCACCCCACAGUGAAAAUCAACAACGCCAUGAUCUUCUCUAGCUACAUGGUGGAGCAGCCACACAAAACGAGUGAAUCGCAAACUCUGAGGGAAAUAUUGAACUCUGGCCCCAAGACGUUCAACUCCGCCACGUCAACGCCCAGGUCCUCCUCCAGCCCGGUGCCGAAAACUGUUUCCAAGACACCUGAAACUAGCACAGAAGCCGACACCCUUAAAGAAGCUAUGGGUGGUAAUGUUGUUGUGUACGAUUGUGACGUGUGUUCCUUUGCUAGCCCCAACAUGCACUCUGUUUUGGUCCACUAUCAGAAGAAACACCCGGAGCAGAAGGCAUCGUAUUUCCGCAUACAGAAAACUAUGAAGGUCGUGUCAGUGGAUCAGUCACAACCUGCAGCCAACUCCUCAUUUAACCUCAGCAUGUCCACAUCUCAAAAACAGUCCAGCGCAGCGCUAUAUGGGUCAGAUGAAGAAAUGUUCUACUGUAAACAUUGUGUGUACAGCAACAAAUCCGUUGUUGGUGUGUUAGUCCAUUAUCAAAAAAGACACCCGGAAGUAAAGGUGACGGCAAAAUAUAUCAAACAUGGCCCUCCCACUCCUGGUUUGAUGAAAUUAAUGGAUGAAUUACAAAUUACGACUCCCAAACAAUUUUUGAAGCAGUUUCAAAAUAACGGUCACGAUGGAUCCAACAAUUCAAGCCCUAAACCAGGAAUUGGUGAUAGAGGUGAGGAUGAGCUGUUCUUUUGUCAGCACUGUGAUUAUGGCAACCGCACAGUGAAAGGAGUACUUAUUCAUUACCAGAAGAAGCACAAAGAAACUAAGGCCAAUGCUGACCUUGUACGUCGCCACACUGCAGUUGUCCGGAGUCAGCGUGAGCGUGCACAGAUGGUUCAGUCAGGCAGUGUCUCUUCUGCUGCCAUUCCAGCACCUCCUGACCCUGAAAAUACGACGACCCUGCGAUCCCUCAAGUGCAGACACUGUACCUACACAUCCCCCUACGUAUAUGCCCUGAAGAAGCAUCUGAAGAGAGAGCACCCCACUGUGAAAGCCACGGCCAUGACAAUUUUACACUGGGCUUACCAAGAUGGCAUCCUGGAGGCUGGCUAUCACUGUGAAUGGUGCAUUUACUCCCAUGCUGAACCCCAGGGCCUGCUGCUCCAUUACCAAAGACGCCAUCCCGAGCACAAUGUGGAUUACACGUACAUGGCCAGCAAGCUAUGGGCCGGGCCAGAAACCUCCCAGCAACCGGGGGCCAACAUGGAAACUAAACAUUACAAAUGCAGAGACUGUGCCUUUGAGGCCUGUACAAUAUGGGACAUCACCAGUCACUACCAGGCGGUCCACCCCUGGGCCAUCAAAGGGGAUGAAUCUGUGCUCUUGGAUAUCAUCAAAGGGGAUGACUCGACGGAAAAGAUCCACCAGCAGGUUGCCGAAGAACACGUAUCUUUCAAAUGUGAGUCUGUAGAAGAUGAUGUAGCGCUGGCCAUUACAACACAACAUCAAGAAAGCAGUCCGCAUCCUCCCCACCCACGUCUUUCCAUCUCAAACAAUACUUAUCAGUGUACUGUAUGUCUGUCAGAGUACAACAGUCUCCAUGGCCUCCUCACUCACUAUGGAAAGAAGCACCCGGGCAUGAAAGUAAAAGCUGCCGAUUUUGCACAGGAGGCUGACAUCAACCCUAGUUCUGUGUAUAAAUGUCGCCACUGUCCUUAUGUAAACUCUCGCAUCCAUGGUGUCCUAACUCACUAUCAGAAAAGACACCCUUUAGUGAAAGUCACUGCGGAAGAUUUUGCAGAUGACAUAGAGCAACUUACUGAUGGAACUGAAGGAGAGGACAAGUGCAAAACCCAAAGGCAGGGCUAUGGCGCAUACAGAUGCAAAAUGUGUCCGUACACGCACGGUACACUGGAGAAACUUAAAAUUCAUUACGAGAAAUAUCACAAUCAGUCGGCCUCUAAUAUGUUCACGCCCUCGCUUACACAUUUCUCUUCUGGUAAGGACACAGAGCCAGUAGCAGAAUGCAGCGCUAGUAAUAUAUCAAGUUCAAAAGUCCAGGAGGUCAGUGAAUUGGACCUUGCCCUCUCCCAGUUACCCAUCAACAAGACAGAAAAACAUGCUAUAUUCAAGUGUCAGCUCUGCAAAUACUUCUGCUCCACCAGGAAAGGCAUUGCUCGACACUACCGCAUCAAGCACAACAACGUCCGCGCUCAGCCGGAGGGUAAAAACAAUGUCUUCAAAUGUGCUCUGUGUGCAUACACAAAUCCUAUACGCAAAGGCCUGGCAGCACACUAUCAGAAGCGCCAUGACAUUGAUGCUUAUUACACCCAUUGUCUGGCUGCGUCCAAGACCUUAAGUGAAAGCCCUAGCAAAGUGAUCGCACCCCCUGUAGCAGAGCCAGAGAAUUCAGAAAUGAGUGAAGACCUGCGUUUGGCUGUGGAGAAUCGACGGUGUUCUCUUUGUGCCUUCCAGGCCUUCAGCAGGAAGAGCAUUGUCUCGCAUUACAUUAAGCGCCAUCCAGGUGUCUUCCCCAAGAAGCAGCAUGCUAGCAAGCUUGGUCGCUACUUCACCGUUAUCUAUGCCAAAGAACCGGAGAAGAUUCCUGACAGUGCGGCAGAAGAGGAAUACAAGGAGAUGCUGGACGUUCCGCUGGAGGCCGAGCAAGACGAAGAUGUCGAUUGGCUGCCAUUCAAGUGUCUAAAAUGUUUCCGGCUGUCCUUCAGCACGGGCCAGCUGCUCUCUAUGCACUACAACGACCACCACAGCACAGACCUGAAGAGGGACUUUAUGAUGUCACCGGGCCCUGGGGACGAAGACUCUGAGUUGUACCAGUGUUCUCACUGCGAGCUGAAGUUCCUGGCUCUCCCGGCCCUGGCCAGACAUCUGCUUGAUCACAACGAGGAGUUUCAUAAGAGGGCCAUGAGGAUGGAGAGGAGGAAGCAGCUUGUCUGCAAACAGACGAGCACAGAUCUACCUGACACCAAACCUGAGAAGGAGAGUCUUGUAAAUAAAGCACCCGUAGGAUUCAGGUGUAACUUCUGCGUUGAAGUGCACUCCACCCUCCGAGCCAUCUGCAACCACCUAAGGAAGCACGUCCAGUAUGGAGAGGUCAAAGAAGGACACUUCAAGCAGGAGGUCGCCGACGUCCCCCUGACCCUGCCCACAGAGAGCCUAACUAAUGGCGACCUGGAGGCCGAUGAAGCCGCUGAAGCCGAUGACCUCGAGAGACCCGAGGCUGCAACGAUGAGCCCACCUUUGAUUUCUGCUGCCUCUGGUGGUGUUGCUGCUACCACGGAGAUGGUUGAUCUGGAAACGGAUGCUGUUGAAGGAAGCGAGGCGGCGGCCCUCGCUGCCGUGGUGACUGAGGACCAACUGAAGCAGCGGUUGACAGCGGGGGGUCACCCGUGUGCCCAGUGCGACCGAGUCUUCAUGUCCAUGCAGGGACUGAGGUCCCACGAGAGGAGCCACUCAGCCAUGGCAAUGUUCAGCAGAGAGGACAAAUACAGCUGCCAAUACUGCCAGUUCGUCUCCCCUUUCAGGCACAAUCUGGACAGACAUGUGCAGUCUCACCACGGGCACCACAAGCCCUUCAAGUGCAAACUCUGCCCCUUUAAAUCUGCCUACGUGAGUCGCUUGAAGAGCCACCUGCAUAAGACACACACAGGCGAGCAGCAAACAUACAAAUGCCUGUCAUGCCCCUUCUCCUCCAUGACCAUCAGCCAUCUGAAGGAGCACUCUCUGAGAGACCACGGCGAGGCCCUGACCCUCCCCAAACUGAGGGCUGCUACCCAGGCUGCUCAUGCCGCCCUCAGGGCCUCCCGGCUGGCCAGUUCCACAGAGCCGACUCCGCUGGCCUCAGAUGAUCCAUCCUACCUGGAGACGGCCGAUGUUCGUCAGCAGCUGAGUCAUUACCAGCUGGCCUCUCGCAGUCUCAUGUCCUCUGGUUCAUCCCCUGGCGGCUCGACGUUGGCCGACAAUCGACCAGACGGCAUCCUCACUUGUGAGUUCUGCGAGUUCAGCUCCGGAUACAUGCAGAGCCUUCGCCGGCACUACAGGGACCGUCACGGCGGCAAGAAGCUCUUCAAGUGCAAAGACUGUUCCUUCUUCACCUGCUACAAGAAUAACUUCACCAUGCACGUGGAGGCUGGACACAACAACAACUUACCUGAAGAGAUCCCCAAAGACCUGCGCUGCCCCCUCUGCCUCUACCACACCAAACACAAGAGCAAUAUGAUCGACCACAUCGUCCUGCACAGAGAGGAGCGCGUGGCUCCGCUGGAGGUCAGCCGCUCCAAGCUGUCGCGCCACCUCCAGGGCCUGGUGUUCCGCUGCCACAAAUGCACCUUCACAUGCUCCAGUGACCAGGCGCUGCAGCUGCACCUGCAGAAGCACGCUGAGAUCAAGCCUUACCAGUGCCAGCUCUGCUAUUACGACAGCAGUCGCCGGAGUCUGCUGGAGGAGCAUCUCCGCCUGGAGCACAAGGUUAUCCGCAACUUUGAGCUGAUGGGCCGCGUCAACCUGGACCAGCUGGAGAUGAUAAAGGAACAAGGGAGCAGCGCGGAGGAGGAAGAGGAGAGAGAUAUGAUGCAUAUGGUCGUAGACGGAGACUUGGCUGCAGAGGAGGAGGACGAGCUUUAUGAUGACGAAGGAUUGGAGAUUAUGGAGAACUUGAUGGCUGAGCAGAGAGUGAUGGAUGAUGAAGAGAUGGAGGACGACAUCAAAGAGGAAGAGGAGGAGGAGGAAGAAGAGGACAUUAAGGGGGUGGAGGAAGAAAGGACUGGCCUACAAGACGUCCUUGCCUCUCCCUCCAGCAGCAGCAGCAGCAGCUGUGGGCCGAGCGCUGUAGAGAAGCGUCUUCCCUGCGAGUUCUGUGGCCGUUGUUUCACCGACCGCAUCGAGUGGGAACGACACGUCCUUCGACAUGGCAUGACGGUUAACAGUCAGAUGGACACCAGCGCCACCUCAGCAAUAGAGGCCUCCGCUUCAUCUUCCACUGGCUCCUCUGUCCUGGUGGACACAGGACUGGACCUUUCCGGCAACAGAACAGAGGAAGGAAGCCCUGGUGAUCUGUCACUGAGAAGUCAAAGCCUGUUUAUGGAAGACAAUGAAAUGCUUGACACCAAAAAGGAUCAACAGUUUGCUUGAACAGAUUGUGGGCUCUUGGGAUAUUGUUCUAGAAAAUGAUAACGUUGGGUAGGAUCAACACUGAGGAAAAAAAAAAAAGAUUGAAACAGAAAAAAAAAGUGACUUCUUAUGAGUUGGAUCAUUAUUAGAUCUUAGACGUUAUAUAUAUACGUAUUAGGUUGUGCUGCAUUAAAAUGACUGAGCUCUUUAAAUGAGCGGUCCCCUAGGACAGAUCUUAAUAUAUUGGUAACCAAUAGUGAACAGAACUCUUUAUUGCUGACAUUCUGGUCAAAUCUACAGUGAACGAUCCCACCUAGAUACAAAUCAAGCUAUUUAUAAAUAACUUUGUCAAAAAUGAUAAAACUAAAUUUAAGCAUUUUAUUAUUGAAAGCACCUUUUACACUCCCCCUGCCCAUCCAAAACGGGGUUACUGUAAAUUGACCUAGAAGAAACAAACAAGACGACGAAAGCAUUUACAGCCGUGGCCCCACUGUCUUUGUUUCUUGUUGAAAAUGUUAAACUUAUUUCAUCUUAGCCUUGUGUUAAAUGUGUAGAAGUAUUCCUUGAGGAAGAGUCGCACCUUAUCUAUUUUAGCAAAAUGCUUUAUUCAUUUUUAAAAUUACCGACACUUUCCCCUGAUGUUUGUAGCAAAUUGCUAUAUUUUCGGUCCCUUAAUAUUAUACUGCGUAUAAGCCUUCAGCCUGUGGCACCUUUAGUAUGUUUUUGUCUAGAAAUUUCACUGAAAACGAAAUAUUGGAAAUACUGGUAAUACUGUAAAAUGUCAUUUUCCUUGUUCGAUACCAUGUUGUUUGUGAAUCCAGGUUACCGGAUGUGAGACUUUGAAGAUCAAAAUAACGACAGAAAUAUGUUGUAUCAUGACUGCAGCCGUAUGAGGUAUCCGUUAUGAGGUAUCCUGGAACAUAAACGUAGGUUUUAACAGUAGUGGCAACUUGACCAAGGGACAGAGAUUAGCCUUGUCUUUUCAGAGCAAAACACCGGAUGUCAGGGGAUGUGCCAGAAUCCAGUUCAUCUAGUUUAUCCACACUUGUUUAAAGGUUCAGUGUGUAUAAUUUAGUGACAUCUAGAGGCGAAGUGUCAUGUUGCAGCUGGAUAACCCUCGCAUCCCCCGCCUCCCCCUCCAAACAUGAGGUGGCCUUCAUUUGUCCGGUUUGGACUACUGUCAAAAACAUGGCUGCCUCCGUAGAGAGGACCCACCCCCGAUGUAAAUGUACAAAUAUUUAAAUAUAAAGGGCCCAUUCUACGGUAAAAAAAAUGAACAAUUCAUACAAUUUAUAUGAUCACACACUAGCAAAAACAACACUAGGAUUAUUUUAUAUAAAAUUUCCGCCCAAUAGAGUCCUCUCAUCUAAAUCUUACACACUGAACCUUUAAUGACUUUUAAUGGUUGAGAGAGAUCUGAGAUCCAUGUGGUGUAUACCUCCGGGUGUGGGAUCAGACCAUGUCUGGGCGCUGAAGCCAGCAUGCAAGUGCCUUAAAAUGCAGUUCCACUAAUGGCCACAUGAUGAUUUUAUUUAUUUUAAGAAAACAGUCCCAAAUUUUGUCAGGUAACGAGGAUAAUCUCUAACUUUCUCUAAAAAUAUUUAAAAAAUCAGGAUUUAACCCACAACAAUUGAUGGCCUCAACAGCUGGUUUCACUCGUCCUAAUGGGAGUCACUAUUAAAUUAAGAUCUUUUCAGAUUAGUUAGCUCAGACUUAAUUGUAUCAACUAAAUGUACUCAAAUUGAAGCAAGAAAAUGUGCCGAAAAAUAUUAUACAUGAUAAUAUAUGUACAUCAAGUGGUAAAGAAGCAGCAUGGUGGUGCAGAGGUUUACACUGGCGCCUCACAGCAUGGAGGUUUCGCAUCCCAGCUUCCUCUCACUCUCCAAAAAGAUGCGGCUUAGGUGAUUUGGAGACAUUAAAUUGACUGUUGGGGUGAGUGGUUGUUUGUCUCUGGACAUUGGCCUUGUGAUACACUGGCGACCUGUCCAUGGUGUUCCCCUCCUCUCAGCCAAUGUCAGAUGAGAUUAGCUCUAGUUCUCCGAAAAAUGAAAUGCCAGUGAAAGUGAAUAGAAUUGAAUUGUUUUUACUCAAAAAAAUGUAAGAUGUAUUGACUUUUAUUGGAACUCUCUUUUAUCAAAUGAAAAUCCAUGUGACAAUGAGUUGAGGUGUAUAGCCAUGUUUGCUUCCACAGUCAGCCCUCCUAAAAGUAAUGAUGCUGCAGACAUGGUCACGUUUUUCAUCCACGAUUGAUAGGUUACACUGAAAAGACAAGUCUGACUCAGUCAAAAGGCCAAUAAUAUCAUUGGUUUCCACAUAUAUUGAGUAUAUGUGCCACUUGGACACUAUUGAUGAUUGACUUUUCUAAAGGUGUCAAAUCCCUCGAGCGUAAGCCCCUUUUAAAUUCUCACCCUGUACUGACACAAGUGUCCCAGCCUGCGUUCUUGUGCACUUCUUCUGAGACAAAAGUCAUCAUUUUAGUGUUAAUAUUGACAAAAGGCAGAGAUUGUAUUUGCUGGGAUUUGCUGCUUGAACGCCCAUAAGCCUUAUAAGAAGUGAAGAGAAAUUAAGUCAAAUUCAUACCCAAUUCCAAUAUGACCAAUUAGCAACGUUUAAAUGACAGAUAGCCUAAAACUUGUAGAGGAGCACGGUUGAUCUAGUCGCGUUCUUGGUACCAAAAUAUUUACCAAGCCUGCUGCGUUUGCUGCUGUGAUUGUCUUUCCUGAGCAUUAGAUGGAAAUGGGAAAUCUGGGUUUGGGCCAUGGAGUUUUAGAAUUAGAGUUCUAGGCGUGGAACCCAGGUAAACUACAUGUUUGCAGCCAUGUAUAGAAAAACAAAAACUACUCGUUAAGUGUUUGAACUGUGGUGUUUCAGAAAGGAUACUUAAACCCUUUUUUUUCGUUUAGGUGUUCUUGCUUUAAAAAAAAGAGAAAAAAAGAAAUCUUAAAGAUGAUAGAUAACCCUCCGGGAUUUUUUGAGUCCCCAAUCGAACAUUACUAAGCUGUUGUACAAUGUCUGGUUACAAUGAAAAAUAUCUCCUUUUUUGUACUGUAAUCGGAAUGAGCAGAUGUGAAGAGAAGUGUGGUUGUAGGAUAUUUAAACACAUGAAGGAAAAUGAUGCAGUUCUCUGAAAAUGAAUAGCCAGGGCUUUUAUUUUGAAAAAGAAAUGCAUGGUGAUGUAAGAGACAAGAAAAAAUGAAAAAAUGUCUUCAGCUGCUUGGACUUUUUCUGUGCUUGGCCAACAUCUGAGUCGACGGUGGACCUAUAUAUCCCUCUGAAAUCUAGCGUGCUCAUGUCUAAUCUCAAAUCUGACGCUCCAGUCUCUUUUAUCCAUGGCCUGUGAGGGCAUCAGCUCGUUCAAAGGAGGCCUACCCUUAAGUCUACACUGUCAACAAAAAGAGGGAGUGCAGCAGCCACACUCUGCUCCUCAGUCCUGUUUAUUACCUUUAAAACCAGUUCAGUUGGUGCUGAAUCUCAAAGACCCUUUCUUCCUGUUUUACAGGACCAGCUCGUAGCUCUUUGAAAGUAAAACUGUUUGAAACUGUUGUUGUAGUAAUGAGCUUUGUACGGCAGCUUGAAAACCCGGCGUAAACCAGAUGUUAAACUGGUUCGGUCUGGGUAAUGAAGCUGUCAUCCCAAAAUGAUUUGUCGUUCUGUGAUCAUUUUAAUAGAACAUGGCUAUGAAUCCCUCACUGUGUGCAGUCCAUAGACUGUGAUACCCCCAGUUUACCCAAAGUUAAACCCCUGCUGACAACACACUGGAUACUUGUAUAUAUGUUUAGUUUCUUUCUGAUGCAUUUCUCUUUUCAGACUGUUGUCUCCAUAGUUUGACACUAGAAUCUCUCCUUCUUGCCUUUCUUCCCAUAUAAAUCUGAUUACCUGAUGGUGGGUUGUGAUGUUGCCUAGAAUGAUUGUUUACAAUUUUAUUCCAUUUAUCUCUGGAUAUUCUGUAAAUAUUGUAAUUCAUUGUCUUUUUUUAACUUGAUAAUAAAGUUAUCAGAUAAUGGUU